GCCGCCGCUCAGUGCUCGUCGUAACUCGCCGCUGUCGGCUACACGCGUCAGGCCUCACUGAUUCCUGUUGAGCUCCAACCUAAAUUAUUUUGUGCAUUUCAAGUACUUUACACCUCAACAAAAAAUAAUGAAGAUUUGGACGUCCGAACACGUAUUCAGCCAUCCUUGGGAAACAGUAACACAAGCAGUAUGGCGAAAAUACCCAAACCCUCACAAUCCAGCAGUCGUCGGCACAGAUGUUGUAGAGCGACAAGUUGUGAAUGGUGUGUUACACUCUCACAGACUCAUCAGUUCUCGGUGGGGCCUGCCGUCAUGGGCCCAGAAUAUUCUUGGUGCUGACCGGGUUUGUUAUGGUUAUGAACAUUCAGAAGUUAAUCCAGAGAACAAAACUAUGACAAUGAGAACAAGAAACCUAACAUUUUCUAGCACUGUAAGCAUGGACGAACGCAUGAUAUACUCCCCCGAUCCCACCGACGAUGAAAAGACUAUCCUAAGGCAAGAGACCAUUAUUACUGUGAAAGGGGUGCCGCUCACCUCCUACAUGGAGAACUAUCUCUUGAAUAGCAUUUCUUCAAACUCCUUCAAGGGUCGUGAUGCAAUGGAAUUUGUGAUCUCCAAAAUAAACAGAGAGGUCGAGGAGCUGAUGUUCACAUACAAGCGUAGUACAAAUGAAAUACUCUCUAAUACCAAACGUUCUAUUGGAGAAAUCACAGAAUCGGCGCUUCGUUCUGUUGAUGAUAUUUCUUUAGUGGCAAAGAAAUCUGUUGAUGAAUUUUCAGAUGUUGCUAAGAAAUCAAUUGAUGACUUAUCAUUUGCAGCAAAGAAGGGAAUUGAUAGUUUCACUCAACCAGCAGAAUCCAUGCCAAGAAUAUGAUAGCAAGAAGUAUCUAGGAUUUAUUUCAAUUGUAGUUUAACAAUUUCUGGUUCAGAUAACAAAAGAAAAAGAAGAGGUAAUAAAUAAGAUGUACCUGUAUAUGUAAUAGUUGUAUGGAACAGUACAGUUUUUUUUUUUUUUUUAACAAAUAUUGAAUAACAUUUUAUGGUGUAUUUUUGCAAUUUAAACCUGUAUGGUAAUAAAAUGCUCAUUAUACAAAACAAUUUUGUAAUCUAUCAACUAAAUUCUUUUGACUAAUGCACCCAGUAACAAAUGGGUUUUCUUCAUGUUGAAGAUUUCUUUUAGUAUACCCAUUACUGGAAAGUCUUAGUUGUAAAGUGUAAUUUAAAUAUGAGGGUAGGGGGGAAGUUGAGGUUAGAAAAAAAUCAUUGGUUUAUUGUGUUCUGUUACUGUACUUGUUGCCAUGAUAUUUUGGUUGUAAAUGACAAGCUUGCAUUGGAGAGGAAGGGUGUGAGUGCAGCCUUGUUGUACUGGAGAGAUUAUUGUAUUGUGGUGUGAGGCCAAGAUUCCAGGUGAGAUGCUUCAUAUUCUCUCAGGGUCCAUCCAUGUGUGGAAGUAAUCUGCACUCUCAUGUAUAACAUAACUCUUUAAUCCCUUAAAAAUUGUACCGUGUGUAUAUACACAUACACACACAUACAAAUACAUACACACAUUCAUACACACACACACACAUAUACAGGGGUACCUCGGUUUACAAAUUUAAUCCGUUCCUGGAUACAAUUUGUAACCCGAAAAUUCAUAAACCAAAGCAAAUUUCCCUAUAAGAAAUAAUGGGAAAUGAAUUAAUCCAUCAUUGUUGCAUCAAUGAAUAAAUCCACAAAGGCCACAAAUACACAAAUAGUGUGAUGCAUCACGCUAUUGUGAUUUCUGUGUGUAAUGAAGUAAGAGCGAAGAGGUAGAACAGCCUAUUGACAUAGCUCGAGUGUGUGGGGGAGUUGUGUAAAAUCCUGAUUUGUGACUUGGAGAGGCUGUAGGAUCCAAGUAAGUCCAGUAGAACUUCUGGUUUCAACUCUUUUUACCAUGUCGUAGCUCAGUCGAUUAAGGAAGCGUCUGGAAAGAUCUCGGACGUAGAUUCAAAUCCUCGUCACGACCCUUGUGGAUUUGUUCAUUGAUGCAUCACGCUAUUGUGAUGUCUGUGUGCAAUUCUCACGUAUGUUUUCUUGCCUUGAACCUUACCACUGGCUUGGGACCCAUGAUGAGAUAUAUAUAAUAACAACUUUUAUGUUCAAAUAGCCAAAAAUCUGAAAAAAAAAAUGUAAAUCCUUGCAAAGAAUUUAGGCGGGAGGCACUGGAAAACUGAGGCAUGAUCGCCGUGCCACUACGCGCUAGAUCGGCCAUAUGCGUAUCAACAAACUGGUAUCCUGAGGUAAAGUUCGUAACCCGAUUAAAAUUUCCGAAGAAAUCGGGCUCGUAACCCGAAAAGUUCGUAAAGAGGGGCAUUUGUAAACCAAGGUACCAGUGUGUGUGUGCGCGCGUGUGCACGCACACACAUGCACGCACGCACGCGCGCAACAAUGAUAAAAAAAACACAGAUUCAAGUAUGCGGAAAAACCACAUGUGAAAAAGAGAGAAGGCUUAACGCAUUUUCGGCUACAUCGCCUUCAUCAGAGCAAAGUAGAAUGUCAUUCUACUUUGCUCUGAUAAAGGCGAUGUAGCCAAAAAUGCGUUAAGCCUUCUCUCUUUUUCACAUGUGGCUUUUCUGCAUACUUGAAUCGGUGUUUUUUGAUCAUUGUUGUGUGUGUGUGUGUGUCUAUAUAUAACACACACACACACACACACACACACACACACACACACACACACAACACACACACACACACACACACACACACACACACACACACACAUAUAUGUAUAUAUAAUGUAUAUAUAAUAUCAAUCGUUGUGUGUGUGUGUAUCACCACUGGUGCAAUUGUAGGGUCCCAUAUUCUUAUUCAUAUUCUAGAGAAGAGAAUAAAGAAUAUUCAGAUACGAGAAUAUUUUAAUAUUUUCUUCUACCACCCUUAUUCCUUUUUUUUUUGUAAAUGAUGAUUAUUACAUUGUGCUAGAGUUUACAGAACGAACACACACACACACACACACACACACACACACACACAUACACUCUGUGUAUGUAUUUUUUAGAGUUUACAGAACAUACACACACACACACAUUGUGUAUGUAUUUUUUAUAGUUUUCAGUUGAUAUUCUCUUUCAGUCUUAACCUAAUUUUGGGGGAGCAGAGCAUAAAGAAUUGAUAAAAAUUGCACUAGAAGUCAUGCUCGUUAGAUUGCACUUUGGUUGGAGUUUUUAAAUCUAAUACAAACACUGUAGCUGCAAGACUUGAUAUAACUAUGUAUUGAACUUCUCUAUUCAUUUUGGCUCAUUACCUUAAGACAUUCAAUGCAAUAUUUUAGCAGUUUUUCAUGUUUUAUGUUAUUUCUUUCAUGUUUUAGGUUCUGAGGAGUUCAAAACAAUACUCGUAUCUUGUGUAGAUUCUUGAGAUUACUUUAGGAAGAUUUGUUUAAAACGACGAGUAAUUUAUGAAAUUAUUGACUAGUGAAUGACAUGAGCAUGUAAUUUUUUCACCUUUAUUGCAGCCUAAUUAACAUGUAGAACUAUUUGCAAAUGUUUUAGAUGCUUCAAGAGUCUGGCACUUAAGGGCAUUUUAAAUUUAUUGUGAUUCUGCAUGUGGCUUUUCCGUCAAGGUGAGGCAUUCCCACGAGGGCACAGCAUUUAAGAGCAAACAGGUAAACUAUGGUAUAACCUUGAGGUAAAUGUAAUGUUUUUUGUCUAAUGCAUGUUGAAAUGUGUAUUUUAUGGUGUAUGAUACUAGUAAAUUAUAACAAAAGACUUUGUACACGAACUCAAGGAAGUACAUCAGUAUUGAGAAUUUAAAGCCAAAUACAGUAUAACUUCACCUAUGCUGCAGAUCCAAUUUGUUGAGUAGUUUUAUCUGUGCAAGUUAUGUUGUAUAGUAUUUAUUUUAUUAUUGAGAAUAAUUUUGCUUCUUAAUAAACAGAUGUCAACAAUGAAUACUGCAGCACUGUAAA